AUGGCUACAGAUGCAGCUUCCAUGAUCACUGUUGGUGCUCUCAGUGCCAUAUUUGAUGACACCAAGGCUCAAGUCCAGGAGCCGAUUGUCCAAUGUGUUCAGGUGAAGCCACUGCCACCUCAGCCAAACCAUCAAGAGCGUUAUCGAGCUGUGUUCAGCGACGUCGCGAAUUAUGUUCAGACUAUGCUUGCCACUCAGGCCAACCAUGUCGUCACAAACGGAUCCCUGCGGAAAGGGUGCUUUGUCCGGCUUAAAUCAUUCCAGGCGAAUUCAGUGAAGGGAAAAAAGAUCUUGAUUGUUUUGGAUCUCGAAGUUCUGCAAGAGCUGGGUGAGGCCGAAAAGAUCGGCGAGCCGAAGCCUUUGGAAGUCAAGAGCGACGAAGAGGAGGAGAAGACCCAACCAACCACUAUUUCUAGCAAUGGGUUCUAUGGCUCCAAGCUUCAAGGGGGCCCGCCGAAACAACCUCCUCAGUUGCCUUCCAUGCGAGGGCCCUCCGCGUCUGCCCACGCCACCAUCUACCCCAUAGAAGCCAUCUCGCCCUACUCGAACAAAUGGACCAUCAAAGCCCGUUGCACAAGCAAGUCCAACAUCAAAACAUGGCACAACAAGAACGGCGAAGGCAAACUCUUCAGUGUGAACCUGCUGGAUGAUAGCGGUGAAAUCCGUGCAACAGGUUUCCAGGAACAGUGUGAAAUGCUUUACGAUCUGUUCCAGGAAGGCAGUGUCUAUUAUAUCUCCAGCCCAUGCCGUGUCCAGAUUGCCAAGAAACAAUUCAGUAACCUCAACAAUGAUUAUGAGCUGACAUUUGAACGUGACACAUUGGUUGAGAAGGCUGAUGACCAAAAUGACGUGCCCCAAAUUCGCUUUAACUUUACCAACAUUGGAGAUCUCCAAUCCGUGGAAAAGGACACGACUACAGACGUGAUCGGCAUUCUCAAAGAAGUUGCUGAGACAUCCCAGAUUGUUUCGAAGGGGACAGGCAAACCCUACGACAAAAGGGAACUCACUCUAGUCGACAACACCGGCUUCUCGGUUCGCCUAACUAUCUGGGGCGCUACUGCUGUCAAUUUCAACGUAACACCAGAGUCUGUUGUAGCCUUUAAAGGAGUGAAAGUCUCUGACUUUGGAGGACGCAGCCUCAGCUUGUUGAGCUCCGGCUCGAUGGCUGUCGAUCCUGACAUUGGAGAAGCUCACCGGCUGAAGGGCUGGUAUGAUGCGCAGGGUCGAACCGAGGUGUUUACAUCUCAUGCAUCCGUCUCCAACGCAACCAACUCCAACAUGAAGCCUGAUCAAUUUAAGACUGUUGCGCAAGUUCGGGAAGAGCAACUGGGCAUGUCGGAUCAGGUGGAUUACUUUUCUUUGAAGGCCACCGUUGUCUACAUCAGACAGGACUCGACCUGGUGCUACCCAGCCUGUCUUACCGAAGGGUGCAACAAGAAAGUGACUGAAUUGGACCCUGGUCAGUGGCGCUGUGAAAUGUGCGACAAAACCCAUCCCAAGGCGGAGUAUCGCUAUAUCAUGCCCGUCAGUGUGAGCGACCAUACGGGCCAGCUUUGGCUUAGUUGCUUUGACGACACGGGCCGUCUGCUCAUGGGAACAUCAGCUGAUAACCUGAUGCAACUUCACGAAGAUGAUCCCACGGCGUGUAGCGAGGUAUUUCAAGCAGCCAAUUGCCAGACCUGGAACUUCCGAUGCCGAGCUAAGAUUGAUACAUUUGGUGAUCAGCAACGGGUACGAUACCAAGUGUCAUCCGCCAAGGCUAUCAACUAUUCGGAAGAAGCUUCUCGUCUGGCUGAGAUCAUCGGCUCUUACAAUAUCAAUUAG